UCGCCUAGUGUAGGAGGGUGCAGGAGGGCAGAAAAGGCGCUGAAGAGGCCGGCAUGGAGAAACUGGGAGCAGGACGGUCACAGGUGUCCCCUUCCCGCUGCCUUGAAGGUGGAUUCUGUGGAGGAAUCCCAGAGUUGUUUCAUGGGUUGAGAUUUCAGGGCCAAAGCUGGUGUUGGCUGGGGCAUUUUCUGAAAUGUUGUUUUAAUCCUCUGAGUUGCUGUAGUGUGGAAUGGGGUUGUCCUGUGGAAGGCUGGGAGCUGCUCUCUAGGAUGGUGUGGUGAGGUUUUGGGGCUGUGGGUGAGGAAAUUUGACCUCUGGAAUUGUUGUCUCUUGCACUCAGCAAAGGAUUCUGUCUGGUGUGGGUGUCCCGGUCACCCCCAGUUUUGCUGCUCUCUAUUCUCAUUACUGAUACUUGGAAAAUGCUGAAAUCAUUCCCAUCCUGCCCUUCAUCAUGGCAAAAAGUUACAGGACAUGGUUUGGAUUCUCACAGCUGGGAGGGAAGGUUAUUUGCUUGGGAGGCAAUCUGUCUGGGCAGAGGCAGGGUUUUUUUGGAUAUGUGGCAGUUUGCAUGCAGAGGUGGCAGCUGGGACAGGUGUUAGGAGUGACCCAUGUGCUGCUCUCAGCUUUCAGCACAUCCCACGGGAUGAACAUCUCACCAUGGGGCUUGGGAUGAAAUCUCUGGGUGCUUUACUGCUCAAGAAGGGUUGGUGGAUCCAGGUUUGGGUGGGGAAGAGAGCCUUGGGAACAUCCAGGCUGCUGGCGUAGUGUUAUGUGUGCUUGUGGGCACCAGAAUGUGUCCUAGCCAACCCACGUAAUUUGGGAUGGGUGUUUGAGUGUUCCAGGAGAGGGGUCAGCAGCAGGACCGUGCCUUUUGUGGAUGCUGAGGUCUUUUCACGCUCCUGGUUGAAGAUUUUGGGGUCAAGGGAGUGCAGGUUGAGGAGAUUUAUGAUCUGCAGAGCAAAUGCCAAGGCCCCGUGUAUGGGUUCAUCUUCCUGUUCAAGUGGAUUGAGGAGCGCCGGUCCCGCCGGAAGGUCUCCACACUGGUGGAUGAGACCUCGGUGAUCGACGAUGACAUCGUCAAUAACAUGUUCUUUGCUCACCAGCUGAUUCCUAAUUCCUGUGCCACCCAUGCCCUGCUGAGCGUCCUCCUGAACUGCAACAAUGUUGACUUGGGCCCCACCUUGAGCCGCAUGAAGGAUUUCACCAAAGGCUUUAGCCCUGAGAGCAAAGGCUAUGCCAUUGGCAACGCCCCGGAGCUGGCCAAGGCCCACAACAGCCAUGCCAGGCCAGAGCCACGGCACUUGCCAGAGAAGCAGAACGGGAUCAGCGCAGUGCGGACCAUGGAGGCGUUUCAUUUUGUCAGCUACGUCCCCAUCAAGGGACGGCUCUUUGAGCUGGAUGGGCUGAAGGUCUAUCCCAUCGACCACGGGCCGUGGGCAGAUGACGAGGAAUGGACGGACAAAGCCCGGAGAGUGAUCAUGGAGCGCAUUGGCCUGGCCACUGCAGGGGAGCCGUACCACGACAUCCGCUUCAACCUGAUGGCCGUGGUGCCUGACCGGAGGAUGAAGUACGAGUCCAAGCUGCACAUCCUGAAGAUGAACCGCCAGACUGUGCUGGAGGCCUUGCAGCAGCUUAUCCGAGUAACUCAGCCUGAGCUGAUCCAGACCCAGAAGUCUCAGGAGUCUCAGCCUGCUGAAGAGGCAAAGCCAGCCAGCAGCAAGACCGUGACUCCAGAGAGCACUCAUCCAGAUGGCACGGAUGAACCCACCAGCCAGGGCCAUACCACGGCCACACAGAGCCCACCCAGCAAAUCCAAACCGGUGCCAAAGACAACAGCGAGCAGCAUCAAUGGGGCCCCUCCAGCAAACCCCAACCCCAUUGUGCAGAGACUGCCAGCCUUCCUGGAUAACCACAACUAUGCCAAGUCCCCCAUGCAGGAGGAGGAAGACCUUGCAGCAGGAGUAGGUCGCAGCCGGGUCCCAGUCCGACAGCACCAGCAGUACUCAGAUGAUGAGGAUGACUAUGAUGACGAUGAUGAGGAGGAAGUUCGUAACACCAACUCAGCUAUCAGGUACAAGAGGAAAGGGCAGGUGAAGCAAGAGCAGACGGCAGGGGCUGCAGAUGGCCAGCUCUCCGUCCUGCAGCCCAACACCAUCAACGUCCUGGCUGAGAAGCUGAAGGAAUCUCAAAAGGAUCUCUCCAUUCCCCUGUCCAUCAAGACGAGCGGCGGGGGCGCCGCCGUGGCAGUGGUCACCCACUCCCAGCCCUCCCCCACGCCCAGCAACGAGAGCACGGACACCGCCUCCGAGAUCGGCAGCGCCUUCAACUCCCCGCUGCGCUCUCCCAUCCGCUCGGCCAACCCCACGCGCCCCUCCAGCCCCGUCACCUCCCACAUCUCCAAGGUGCUGUUUGGCGAGGAGGACGGGCUGCUGCGCGUCGACUGCAUGCGCUACAACCGGGCCGUCAGGGACCUGGGGCCCAUUGUCAGCUGCGGGCUGCUGCACCUCACCGAGGACGGCGUGUUCUGCCCGCUGGCUGCUGCAGAUGGGAAAAUCUCCCCCUCUUCCAUCAAACCCGGUGAAGAUGCCCCGGUUGCGAUCAAACUGGAGGAGAAGGAGGGCAGUGAGGCCAGUGACAGCAAAGAGAAGGUGGGACUUGGCAGGACCAGUGAUCACCCUGGGGGGGAAAAGUAUUCUCCCAAGGAGCUGCUGGCGCUGCUCAAGUGUGUGGAAGCAGAGAUUGCAAACUACGAGGCCUGCCUGAAGGAGGAGGUAGAGAAGAGGAAGAAAUUCAAGAUCGAUGACCAGAGGAGAACUCACAACUAUGACGAGUUCAUCUGUACCUUCAUAUCCAUGCUGGCCCAGGAAGGCAUGCUGGCCAGCCUUGUGGAGCAGAACAUCUCGGUGCGCAGGCGGCAGGGAGUCAGCAUCGGCCGCCUGCACAAGCAGAGGAAGCCGGACCGCCGGAAACGCUCCCGCCCCUACAAAGCCAAGCGCCAGUAGCCAGAGAGCCAAGACUCAGAAACAGCAGUUGGGCUUUGGGCACUGCCACUUGGAUUUAUGGUACCCUUUGCCCAAGGAAGAGGGCCUGCAGUGGCAAACCCUCAGCCCAGGUGGAGCCUGGGGACAAAGGGAGAUGGGUUUUUUCUCUCCGCCUAAGCUGUGAAAGGCAAGAACCUGUCUGGAGGAGUCCCUGCAGCAGAAGGGAGUCUGGAGUGCUCAGCUGCCUGCCCGUGCCAUGGCAGCACCCAGACGUCAUCACCUCUGUCUCAGCGCUCUGGCUGAGGACUGUGCCCCGAGGGGAAGAGCCCACCCAACUGGGGAUGGGUCUGGCAUUGUGGGAAUGCUGGCAAUGCCCAUGUGAGGCUGUACUGGCCACAGCUGGCUGUGGUUUGUGCCCUGCGUCCAGGCCUUCAGCUCUGUGCUUCCCUGGGAUGUUCAUGUCUCUUUCUGUCCUUCUCCCAAAACUUACUUUGGUCCUAACCCAGGCUUUGGCCAUUCCUAGCAAGGUGGCUCCAGGAGAGAGCUGCUUCUGCCCCCACCCUGCACUGCCCAGUGCCUGGUGCUGGCUGAGCUCCUGGGGCUGGGGAUGCCUUCCCAGUGUAGCUUGGCUCCCCCGUGGGCCAUGGCAGCUCUGUUGCUGGGUAGGCUCCUCUGUGGAGCUGGGCCUUGUGCCCAGUCCUCUGUGGUGGUGCUGGGGGUCGCCUGUGCCUCUUGCUGCCCUGGCUGCUCUCCUUGGGACCUGUGGCCCUGGCAGUGCCAGUGGGUCACACAGCACUGCACCAGGCCCAGACCCCAGAGAAACCCCAUUAAUUACAAACAGACCAGGUGCAUUUGGUGCUGGGUGUGGCGUGAGGGUGGACACUGGCUGUGGCUUGGUGAAGCCUCUUUGACAAGGGCAGAUGCGGCUGGAUGCUGCAAUGGUGGAUGGGGGCAGCAGCGGGAACCAACAUCUCUGUCCCUUGGCUGGCUGCUGACCAGAGCUUGCUGGCUGCCUCUUGCCUCCUGCCAGCCCCCAGGAGCCUGGCAGAAAUCUGAGAUAUCAGAGGUGAGCAUUGUUCUCCACCGAUGUCCUGGUGUGGAGUUGCCACAGGAGAUGACUGAAUUUUUUUGAUAUGUGUACAGAUCUUGACUAUGGAAUGAAACAGUUUUUUUGUAUUUGCUGAAGAAAA